AUGCCCCAGACACAAACAGUCAGACAAGACAUUACUGUUGGGCAGGACUUGCGUGUGGACAUCGAGCUUUCGUUACCGGAGCUCUCAACGCCAGCAAACGAAGCUACUCCAGUUCUCAGACCCCAGGAGUCCACUGCCAUCGAAGUCAGCAUCAAGGCCUGCGGGUCGCAGAAUGACAACGAGACAUGUGCUCUAAAGGCCGACGAGGCUGUGGAAUUUACUGUCAUGGCCAUCGACAAGGCUAUCCUAGAACUGGUUCCACAUGGACUUAGGGACGUCGCUGCGGACUAUGUGUUCAACCUGGGACUCAGUUUUGACGUGGCUUCAUCGUCCGACAUCCUUCAUGCGCCAGGGGCCAUCACAGGACUGGUUGAGAAGUUCGUGAGGGAGCAAGAGGAAAACCCUUGGGCCAGUAUAGACAGCGAGCUGCUGACGCCUGGUUCUGGGUACUUCGGAUACUACGACGAUGUAUAUGACAGCUACGAUUACUUUGAUGAUGAGCUUGCAGAAUUUGGUACAGGCGCGGUUGCUUUUGCAGUGGCAUCUGGAGGUGCAGCACCGGAGAGUGCUACAGUGGCGAAAUCUGUUGCACGGACUGCACCAGCACCACCCCCAUUCGCUCCAGCCCCAAGUGCCGAUGCCGAAGUUGAGUCAGCAGGUGCCUCAGGUGGUGCCGGGGCGGCACUCCGCAGCCAGGCAGAUUUCAUGGCCACUCCUCUUUUUGUUACCGUCAAUGCAACAGACAAUGGAUCAGGUGCAGUGAACUUCACUGCUCCAGACAACCUUGGCACAUUUGUUGUCAGGGCUUAUGCCGCCACAGAUAAAGCCCGCUUCGGCAGUGUGGAAACAGAGGUCAUCGUGCGCAGGAAGCUGUCGCUCACGCCUUCUGCGCCUCGGAUCGUCAGGGUGGGUGAUGCCUUUGAGGCGGGCGUCAUCGUCACGAUUUCGGGAGGAUCUGUUUCCGAUGUGCCCAUCACCAUGGACCUGAAGCUUGAGGACAAGUCCCAAGAGCUUCUGUCACUGACGACAGAAUCGGAGAGGCAGAUCGUGACAGAUGCAGAUGGUCAGGCGGAAGUUCGUUUUGGACUGCAGGCCGAGGCUUUGGGAGAGGCGAAGUUCAUCAUAAGCGCUGGUGAUGGCUCAGGCUCUGGCGAUGCACUGGAGCUGGAGUUGCCCAUCCUUGGGCUCCAGGAUCCUGUCACUGUCGCAACGUCUUUUGCAAUACAGGCGGCAGAAAACGAAACAGCGACUGCCGUGGAAGGGCUUGACCUUCCAGCCGCACUGCCUGGCACUGGUGGCAUUGAGCUUCAGGCGGGCGUGGGACGAUUGCCAGCAGUCCUUGCCAAUGCACGGCAGAUCAUGGAGGCAAACGUCAACCAUACCUGCCCACACGAUGGCUCCCUUGAGCUCGUCCACACUGUCGUUCCUGCAGCACUGCAGAUGUACAGCCUUUACACCCCCGAUGAAGACGAAGAGCAGGACAGGGCAACUGAAGCACUGUUGGCCACCUCAGGAGCGAACUUCUCUCUGGCCCUCCAGAAUCUCGCAGUUGACAACUUGACACAUUCUGAGUUUGGGCUCAGGUGGUGGAUCGCCUGCCCUCCUCUUCGGCCCAGAAUGGGUCCACUAAGGUCUGCCAGCAUCUACCUGAAUGCCCACGCCGUAUGGCUGCUGGACUCUCUGCAGGACCUGCUGGAAAGCACUGACCAACAGGUGUUUCUGGAAGGUGCAGGUGCUCUUAGAAAGCUGUCUGAUGAGCACUGGAGACCUGCGCUGGCGACCCAACUGGUCAGGGAUGCCCAGGAAUCGCGAUCUAGGCGAUUUUUUCCAGGACCCAUCAGAUUGUCGACUGUGGCACUGGCCAGGCUGGGCCUUGGAAGAGAUUGGGCACCUCCUGAAGGCACAGAACCGCAGAUAGUGGAUGACAUUUCCAUGGAGCGGUUGGAUAGGGAGUUUGGCAAGCUGGACAUGGAAAGCAGGGCCUAUGUCGCUCUGAUUCACCUUCGCAAUCAAAGCGAGGCAGGAGACGAGUUAGUUGCCCGGGCCAUCGACGAGUGGACCUCGAACUUCCGUGUUGGUGGACGAACUGCCUACAUCGCCACAUGCAAUGGCUGUGCCACUCCGAUGGGGUUGAAGGGGAAUGCGCUUGUGCUGCUUACAAUGACUCGUGCAGGGCAGGCUGUGGGGCCAUUCAGAGAGAAGCUGGCCAACUAUGUUGCCAGCCCCCCUGCUGGCCGAUACGCAUACUUUGCAGACUACAUCGAAAAGAUAGUGGCAAUGCUGGCUCUUGGAGAAUAUGAUUUGGCGAGAGGCUCAGCAGACCCAGAUCUCGGGCUGGUGGUCACGAGUGGAGAUGUUGAGUUGCUGCAAGCUGAAUUCACGUCGCCUCAAUCUCCCAUGGUGGUUACGGGAACCUCGUGGUCUGUUCUGAAUCAACCCCCAGCGCCCCUGGAAUUCUCAGUGGACGGGAAGGGUGAAGUCACCAUUGCUGCACUGCUCAAUUUCGUUCCUGCAGAGCCGCUGCCGUUCCCAACGUACAGGGGCAUCUACGUGGAGCAGGCCAUUCAGUUGGUUAACGGGUCAUCCCAGUUUGAUGAACCGAUGGGUGCUCCUCUGUCGACAGUGCCUCUGGGAUCAAUCGUGAUCGUCACCAUCCAGAUAACGACGCCCGAUGCCCUGGAUGCAACCACCGUCCGUAUCCUGAUGCCCGGCGGCCUGGAACCCGUGGAUCCCAACAUUGAAGGCGAUUCGUUCGGAGUUUGCGCCCUCCCAUUCUUUGGAGUCUUCAGUUCCUUUCCGUAUUUCAAUUGCCCAGACCAGGAGACGCUGCCCUCUGUCGUCACCUUCCGUUACAAUCGUCUGAGAGCGGGCACCCACGUGAUGCGCGUCCGAGCCGUGGCAGCCACACCCGGCGUGUUUGGCCUGCCUCCCACCGCCGCGUUCGUCAACUCCCAGCCAGAGCUGAUGGGCCUCAGCCCCGCCGGGAGCUUUGAAGUGUGUGACGGAGAGGGCUGCGAGGCUGUGCCCCUGGGGCCCGCUCGGACACCCAAGGCUUGUCCCCAGGACUGCAACAACAACGGGCUGUGCGACCUGGACAAGGGGACCUGCCUGUGCUUCGAGGGCUUCACUGGGGACGCAUGCGGCGCGUUUGUGGAGACCUGA